AUGGCUUUCGCACCACACUGGUUUGCGGGACCCGACGGCGAUCCCGUGAAUGGCCGCGGACGUGUUACGAACACCAGUUUGACAAGCUUGGGGAAGCCGGGGUACAUGUACCCAUGGGCGUUCAAGAUAUAUGUGCUCGCAUACAAAUUCGAGACGGACGAAUCUGAAGUUGGGUUCAAGGCCACUUUCAUAGACGUUGAGAUGAAAGACUACCUCCAUGUCGUCGACUGGUUCCUGAACCAUCCUCUCAAUCCAUGCAUCAGCGAUACCGGGCGAACUUCAGUCGACAUGCUACCUGCAAUCAAAAUCAACAGUUUAACAGAUUGUUACGCCUUUGAACUGGGGAAAUACAACGAAGUCAAUGUGAGAUCAGCUGUCUAUCGGAGAGAGUACCAAUGGCCUUCACCUCUAGCCUUCAUGGUUGGGCUUCCUUGGAUUUGUCGUAUGACUGCCUCGACGAAUGAGCUGUUCCGGGCUCACCAUAACACAAUCUUCGACCAAAAGUUACUCGAAAAUCCCGAAGCGCGGGUGCUUGCAGCAUUGUACUACGAUUCCGCCGUAGAUUCCGAAGGUGAACCUAUCCUUCGCGCCGUACCUCCUAACAGAUGCCUCUCGAACAUCAAGUUCCAGGCCAAUCCGGGGACAGUGAUGAUCAUGCAUAUCAACGGCGCGUGCAUUCUUAUCGAGCACGUCAAGGUUUUCACAGACUUUAUGGACCUUAUCAUGAACCUGAGCGCCGGGUUCAACCAUGUGAACAAGGCAAUGUUCCAGUUCCACUGGGACACUAGGAAGAGGUUGAAUGACGUGAAGGGGUUAGACCUGACUAAUAUUCCUUCCCCGUACAAGAUGAGCACUUCCAUCCUAGGUCGUGGGAACCCAGUGUUUGGUCCUGACGUGGAGAUGUGGAGGAAGGGUUUCGAGAAACUCAAUAGUGAGACUUAG